GCGCAAGACGGGAAUGUGUAGUUGUAGACUUGUAGUGCCUGCCCGCCUCUUAUCGUUUUUUUCCAGCCUCUCCUUUCUCGGUGGUUCACUCUCGGAAACGGAAAGGGAAUGGCUGCUCUUCUGCCAAAGAUUCCACCUUCCACCAUUUCAUGCCAAGAAAGGUUCAUUCCUUCUCUGGGUAUUUCAGUUUCGCCAUCAUGCUCGCAACUGGGUUCAACAAUUUGCAGCGUUUUCACCCCCGGAAGAUUGGCUGCAGAAGAGCUGCAUGUUAGGAAGCACGGAUUCUCGCUGUGGAAACAGAGGUCCAGCUUCUCGUUGUCAAAGAAAGAAAGGGUUUCUGCCUCUGAUAGUAGUGGUUCCUCCACCAGUGAAGAUGGUAGCUUAGAUAAAGGCAAGCAGACCCCUUUUGGGUACACCAGGAAGGAUGUGAUACUCAUUGGAGUUGGACUCACCCUACUAGGCUACGGCAUGAAAAGUGGAUUAGAGUAUGUUGGAGUUGAUAGCUUACAGGCAGGGAAUGUUGUUGAAGUGCUAUUGGUUUUGGGACUGACUGUUGGAUGGAUAUUCAGUUAUAUCUUCAGAGUCUCCAACAAGGAAAUGACAUACGCAAAGCAGCUGCGUGACUAUGAAUACAAAGUCAUGGAGAAACGGUUGGACAGUUUGACCGAAGCAGAGAUAGCGGCAUUGCUGGAACAAGUUGAGGAAGAGAAGCGACGCCUUGGCGACAAGGAUAAGAUUGUGUAGUGCUGUUUGAUAUUCAAGGUAUGGUAUCAACAUACAAGGGCUAAGAACUUGGAAGUCGAUUCCUCAAAAAGGAGAAGAUUCUGCAAUUAUCUUGCUGUAUAUACUAAUAGUCCAAACGUGCUUCCAUAGGGAUAGCAGAAGCUUGAAACCUGCAGUGCUCGUGUAAGCUUAAAAAUCUCUCAUACAUCUGCUGAAUGUGUAUGUUCAGAUGAAUUUAGAUACAGAGUCUCCUUCCUUAUUUGUUCUAUAUGCAUGACAUUUGGAAACAUCUAUUUAAAGAAACAAUACUUCCUUUUGGCA